CCCACUUUAGUCCAUUUCCAACCACCAACCGAAACGGAUUGCUUCGAUCGGACCAAAAUCAAAAUCGAGCCAAUCAACCCCUCGUCGCGAGCACCUACGGUACGGUUCUACAUUUACCGCGUGCUGCUUUGUCAGUAUAAUUCUCACGCGGAAGUCUCGCUGGAACUAAUUGGGCAUCUUCAUCAUUCAUCGAGAUCCCCGAGAUCUUCAUCAGUCCAUCCAUCGCAUGCAUAUUUGACCUGACUGCAGCAGCAUCUUCAUCAUCAGAUCGGAUUGCCAUUUAAUAAUUUAUUGUACAUAUGAUUCUUUGUUGUACCGAGCUCGAAUCGGAUGUAUAAUCUCUCAUGUUGCGGUAAAGAUCGUGCCGAAGAAGAAGAACAAGUCUAAGUGAAGCUGCUGAGCAACGUAGAGUCAAGGAUAUAUCGGUAUGACCGUUGGCUGGACUCCACGUGGAUGAUCGCAGAAUCGUAAGGAAUUUUCUGUUACUCGAUAGUCGCGAGCGAGUGCGAUCGGAAGUGUGCAUUCUUUCCGGUGAAACAGUUUCGUUGAUUGUGAUUGCGUUACACGGAACGUCAACUAAGGGGGCGUGUCGGAAAAGGGCAAGAUAUGAUCUUUGGUGCGCGGAGACAAGCAUGAAGAAAGCUCUUAAACUGAUCGAUAGUGUUGGCGAAGGCUUAGUAGAGUGCUGUGCGGUGCCAGGAUGGCAUCAAAUCCCAUGAUGGUGGAGAAGAUCGUGCUGAUAGUGGUGAUUGUACUGGGUUCCUUGCUUUCGGUGGUUCACAAUGAUCCGGUGAAAAGGUUUCAGAAAGUAACGAAGAUCGAUGAAGAAGAAUCAACCCAGCAUCAGGAGUUGGAAUCGAGGGAAGCGUCGACUCCUGUGGUGGACAUCACCACAGACGGCGAAUUCGGGAAUACGACGGAAAAUGAAGCGGACAGUGUCGGGAUCAGUACAGUGAUGGUGAAGUUGAAGCAUUUUGGGACUAAAAAUUUUACGUUCUUGGAACCUGAUCUUAUACCGAUCAGCGAUUUUAUGGAUCUGGACGAGAAUGUGGACUUGGAGUUGCUGUUCAGCGAGCAGAUGAAUGCGGAUCAUUCGCAAAGUGGAAGUCCAGUGGAGAAUGUUGUGGUCCAAAUCGAAGACUACGACGACGAAGGAAACUCCCAAAGCUAUUUUCUGCACUCUUCACCAUAUUCCGAAAGCCCCUCCAAUGAAACCUCCCUCAGCUCAACAUCGACCGUCUCCUCGCGGGUUUCAGGCUUCUUCCGGGACGUGCUCCAACGGCUUGGAGUGUACAAGUACAUCUUGGACUACCAGGCAGAUGGCCAGUCUGAGAAACCGAACCAAUUGGGACCGAAGGUGCCUCAUCGAUUCCAUCCGCAUUUCAUCAACACCCCAAAGGGAAUCCGUAAUCUUCCGAAUCAUUUCGUUGACCAGGUCUCCCCAUCGUUGACGUCGACGACCCCGGUUGGAAUUGGAGCGAGCAGCUCGACGAAACGGCCGCCGAAGCCGCACAAGACCCACGGCGGAGGACUGUUUAACCAGUUCAAGCAACGCAUCAAGGCUAUCUAUCCGGGAACGGUUUGGUGUGGAGAUGGCAACCAGGCCAAGAGUGAGAACGACAUCGGGUUCUUCUACAUGACGGAUGCUUGCUGCCGGGCACAUGAUCUGUGCCCGGCGGCGAUCGCAGCCGGAGAGCAGUUCAAUCGACUUAAGAAUAACGGUUACUUCACCAGAUCUCAUUGUGACUGUGACAAGCAGUUCUACAACUGCCUCAAGAACGCCAACACGUUAGUGUCCAAUCAGAUCGGAUAUACCUACUUCAACCUGCUCAAGCCCCAAUGCUUCCGCCAUGAACACCCGAAAGUAGCCUGCUCGAAAAAAAUCAAGGGCAAAUGCAUAACGUAUGUGGUGGACGAGAACCAGGACAAAGUUUGGCAGUGGUUCGACAACCUGAUCUACUAAUAACGCUAAAAGCUUAACAUUUCCUUAACAGGGUGUAAAUUAUCGUACAACUAUGUCUGAGACAUAGUCUUAUUUAUUAUAAUUAAUCAUGGAUUCUUAACAGAGAGAGUCCGUCCUUUAUUACAAUGUUCCAGUAGACUGGGUCAAGAAAGCGAAAAGUGUGCAAUUGUGAUACAAAAACGAAACAAAGCAAGUGUUGCCAAAUAAACCGUAAUUUAAGCUGAA